AUGAACAUACCAGAUUGGUUGAAAGAAAAGCUUAAUUAGAAGUCUAAAUCUAAGAAUAAAAGGAUACCAUUGAAGAUGCUUAAUCAUGGAUCGAAUUCCACACUCUUGAAUUGGAAAAUAGUGAAGAAAGACUUGCUGGAUAAUAAGCAUGGUAUGCAGUCUAAUCAGAAAUCUAUGAAACCUAAACUGCUGAAAGGUAUUUUAAAUUAUAUUAUUUUAUUAGAACUGCCUAAUAAGAAAUUGUUGACAGACUCUAAGAGCACAUUAGCGAGAAGUUAUCCACCACUGCUCAAUUUAUUGCCAGCAGAAAUUGAUUUGAUUAUCAAUACAUCAAUAAAUAAUUGGAUAACAUAUGACAAAUUAAAUUCCUCUCUAUCCAAUAAAAAUGAUCAAGACUUUGUUCUAAAAAAAUGGAUUCGUUUCAUAGCAAUUGGAACAAAGGAUUAAAUUAUAAAUAAACUCAUUCCAAAUAGCUGA